GCUCCUGUUACUGUUAUGCUCUCUCUAGGUGGCAACUCUGCGCAUGCGAAUUUAAAUUUGAGCGCACGGUAUGUCUACUGCCUUCUAUAUGCAACAUGAACGGCUGACAGUCAACAUGUGCCAUAAAUAUAAGUACUAACGGUAAUAUUCUGGUUGCACGUACUCCCCAUUGGCCGCUGCCACAUUCAGUACGGCACCAAGCUCGAACGGAAGUGGAACAAACGAAGCGGAAACACACACGACAAACGAAUAUGAAAAAAGUUUCUUUUCAACAAAACAAAUAGUAGCGCAGCAUUUGCUAGUCAAUUCUUAUGACUAAUUGCAAUUGUAACUUGGUCGGUGAUUGAAGCGAGCUGUUGCGCAGGUGUUUAUUAAUAUAUAUGGAGAUCUAUUAUUAUUUAUAAAACGCGAUAUAAUUUGUGUAGUUUUUGUCGGUAUCUGUUGUCGGGCUUUUUUCUUUUUGGCUACCUAGCAAAAUGAUUGAGUGUAGAAAUCAAUAGACAACGAAACCAUGAACAGCAUGAGCCGCCAGAGCAUUGCGUCGGCGGCGACAACAGCUGCAGCCGUCUCCAUGUCUGUUUCCAAUGCCACCUCGGUGGGCUCACUGAUAGCAGCCGCCGCUAGCAGCCAACAGCCAACGGCUUCCCACUACGUGAAUGGAACGGGCAGCUUGGGUCGUCUAAAGUACCAUCACAAAAGUCUCGAUGCCAGCGACGAGGAGCUUGAGUAUGCGCAGCUUUCACGCUCCACUCACAUUUUGGGCCGCUAUAAAUCGGAGCGUUUGCUGCCUGGCUCCAAGCCGGACGAGGAUCGCAGACGUCGCACGAUCAUUGUGGAGAAGAGAAACGAUUCGUAUGGCUUCACACUGCAGAGCUACGGCAUACACUACAAAUGCGACGAAGAGCUGGAGAUGAUUACGUAUGUGGACUAUGUGGAAUACGGUGGACCGGCCUAUCGAGCUGGGAUGCGUGAAGGCGACGUUAUACUCUCCAUCAAUGGCCACGAUAUGGAGAAGGCGGAUCAUAAGACCAUUGUGGAGUUUAUCAAGAAAUGCGAUAUGCGCAUGCGAAUGGUUGUGCUCUUCGAGGAUUGUGUGAGAAAGGUUGAUCUGCACAUGCGCUAUAUACAGCUGCAGAGUCUGUUGCAGCAGAAGAUGAACGAGCUGGAGCGAGUGCAUCUGCGUGAGCGGGAGCUGCUGGAGGGCAAGUGGAAGACGCACAGCUUGCCGGCGAGAAAGAAAGCAAAUGCCAAUACCUCGCCAAGUGACGGAGAAGGCGUCUCCCCAACAGAGGCGAGUGCGAAUGAGCCGGGCUUCUAUAGGCCCGCUUUGUCCACAGAGGAUGUGGCUAAUAUCGCACUGAGACAGCAGCCAGUUAUAAUUCCUCCACCCGCACAGUUUAUGCUCACGUAUCACUAUCUGGAUCCCAGCUACCGGUACCGCUAUGUGCUGCCAGGAGGUGCGGCAGCUGCUGGAGGGGAUCAGCACUAUGUGCUGCAGAGAACCGAGUCACUGGACACCAAUAGCUGCAGCCAGGUAACAGCUAACAGUCAGUACCACAGUGCGACAGCUAGCACAGUGAAGCCACCAGCGCCGCCGCCGCGAACCUGCGAGAAGCACAAGCCCCCAGCCAAGCAGAAGACCAAGCAUUGCCAUGGCAAUGGACACUCCUGCAAUCCCUGCUUGGGCCACUUUCGCUGGAAGUCUGCGGAGAAGUCGCACAGCAACGGCGACAAUGUGAGCCUGGAUGCCUACGAUCUGGCCAGCCCCUGCUGCGAGACACAGUGCGUGCCCUCACGGCGUCGCCAUCGCCAGCACAAGGAGCACAAGCACAAGCAUCGAGAGAGGGAGAGAGAGAAAGAAAAGGAGAGAUUGGAGUCUAAAGAGAAGCAGGCAACCAAGACACAUGCCUCGCCUGGCGCCAAUGUAACCAAGCCAGCUGCGACCGUGGAUCGGCAGCCUAAUCACCAUCAUCACCACCACCAUCAUCAUCAUCAUCGACAUGCACAAGAGCAGCAGCAGCAGCAACAGCAACAGCCACAGGAGCAGCAGCACUCACAUCAUCAUUAUCAUCAGCAGGCGCCUUCACAGGCGAGCAGCGUUCGGUCCCGCUAUUUUGAUUUAGCCUCUGGAUUGGCUAGCCAUUGUAGUCUGCAUUCCUGCACCUCGAGUGAAUUCGCACCCGCUGACUCGGCGUCAUAUACCACCUCCAUUAGCACGGAUACGCUGUUCUGGGAGCCUAAGAGCGAGGCGGCACAGUCUUCCAGGCAACACUCGACCAAGUCCAGGCAAUCCUAUGAGCAGCAUUCCCAGCAGCAGCAGCAGCAGCAACAGCAACAUCAGCAGCAACAGCAACAUCAACAGCAGCAACAACAACAUGGACAUCAUCAUCAUCAUCCGCAUUACCAUAUGACAGCUACUCAAGUGCAGCCCUCACAGAUCUAUCCAAACACCAUUGCUUACGUGCAAAAGCCCAAAUCCUGGGAUAAUCUAGCAACCAAGACGCUUGUGGGCCAAAGCUUCAACUACGGCUAUUUGGAUACAGUUGCCAUUAAGCCGGCGGUGAAACUGCAAAUAGCACAACAACGGCAUUCCAUGCCUAGGCGCAAUCCGUAUGGCCGCUAUUCCACCUAUGGCGAUGUGGAGAACUAUGCGCCGCCUCCUACCGAAUUUGUGGGUGAGCUGACGACCACCACGACCACCACCAUAACGGCCAAGUCCACAGAGGAGCUCCUGGCCGCCUGCGAUUGUCUAACACCACAGCAGCAGCAGGCGCUGAAGGCGGCGCAAUAUCAGCUAAGUCAAACACAAAAGCUAUCUCAUCAAAACUCCUGUCAGUUGGGCUACUAUUCGCACCUGCCCAGGCCAACGAAGGAUGUGGCCAGCUCUACAGGACAACAGCAGCCAACGGACAAUGGCUGCGACGUUGCCACCGUGUCGGAAGCAACGCGUCUGUAGGCAACGUCCAUCAACAACUCGUGCAACUAAACAAAUACCGUCUUUCAAGCCGACCCCUAUGAGAGUGCACUCUAAAAAUCCAAAACAGCGAUUCAAAUUGUCAUUAACUAACCACAUUCGAAUGUCUUAGCAGUAUGGCUGCGCUGAGUGUAUUUCCCAUUGGGGGUCUCUACACGAACAUUUGUACAUCGAAACAGAAACUGAAUGAAACAUCAUGCAGCCAAAUUUUAAUAAUUUUACAUUUAAAGAGAGAAAUGCAAAACAUAUGCAUAUGCCUUAGGAGGCCACAUCGAGUCAACGUCUAGUUCAGCUAAACAUAAACCGUCUUUCAUACAGCCAUCCAACCUAAAUGCACGUCAGCCGAAAUCUUACAUUCCUCAACAGUCUGGCAGCAUUGAGUGCAUUUAUAUUUGGGGGCCGGUGCAUGAAAAUUUUUACAUCGAAGCAAGUAGCAAAUGAUUGAGAAACAUCAUAGAGCCAAAUUUUAAACUAUUCAAAUUUUAAAACAGUUGCAAAAACAUAUACAAACAAUAUAAACAUA